AUGUCUGCUAUUGAUGAAAUUGAGCUUCUGAAGAUUCAGACCCAUGUUCUCAAAGUUCAGAUUAACUGUGCAGGGUGCAGGAAGAAAGUGAAGAAACUCCUCAAGAAGAUUGAAGGGGUUUACCAGGUGAGCAUGGAUGUUGAAGAGCAGAAGGUUAUAGUAUCUGGGAAUGUUGAUGCUGAAAUAGUGAUCAUGAGGCUACUCAAAUCAGGCAAACAUGCAGAGCUUUUGUCACUUCAAGAACUGGCAAACCAAGAAAAAGGAUCUGAAUACAGGGAUGGUGAGUACCAGAACCCAGAGCUCCUCAAUGGUGAUUACCACAACAUGGAACUUCUUAAGUGGCUGAGUGAUGAAAACUACCAGAACCAAGUUCACAGCCAAAUCAACAGUGUCAGGGCAUCCAAGAGACAGCCUAUGUUACCCCAACUCUAUGAGACUCUGGGCAAUGAAAAGCCAUUUAAACAGAGUAUGGCAUUUGAGUCCCAGGAAGGAGAAAGAGACGAGAAGUUUUCUACAACAAUGGAGAUGGAUAAUCCACAUGUACAUCAGGACUAUGCAAGCAUUGUGGGAAGAAAGGAGAAUUCCAUGAUGGAUUCCCUAGGUCCCAAAUCUAACUUUCCCUAUUUUACUACUAUGGAAGGGAAAGAACAUCCAGAGUUAGCUGGUCAACAAUAUCAUUAUCCACCAUACAACAUGAUGAAUAACAUGCAGGUGUACCAGUACAGGAAUCCAUCUCCCAUGACAGUGAACCCCUAUAUGCAGAGAAUGCAUCCCAUCGAACACAUGGACAAUGUGUACAUGAAUCAACCAAGGAUGGUGAUGGAUCAUAAAUUUGACAUGGUUCCACCUAUCGGCUACUGGCAGAACAUGAACAUGAAUAGCUACCAUAUUUGA